GAAGGAAAAGAAACGUUGAGCAGUGUCAAUGCAACUGGUUUGGCUAUGUUGUUUAGUGCAGGAACAUUCCUUUAUGUAGCCACUGUACAUGUUCUACCAGAAUUGAUGACAAGAAGCAGUAAUUAUUCGCAUGUGCCAAGCGUCGAGGGUACGACGCUUUCUGCAAAUGGACUUAAAGUUAAAGAAAUAUUAUUUUUAGUAAUAGGAUCAUUUUUACCUGCUUUAAUUACAACUGGACAUCAUCAUUGACUAAAUGAAGUAUUAUAUAGAGAUCAUAUGUAAAUGAAAUUUUUUAUUCUAAUUUGAGAAACUCUAUCUUUAAGAUAAUUUUUAUAAUUAUUAUAUUUUAAGAUU